GUCUAUCUCUCUCCUUGCGACAGAACAGAAACUGAAAAAGAGUUUCUCUCUCUCUCUCUCUCUAUUUACAUUACAGCAACUCAUAGCCUGAAGCGUAACUCAAGUGUUUCCUUUGAUCACAUGGCUUCCUUUGAUGGUCCAAAAUUCAAGAUGACAGACGGAACCUACGUUCAGACAAAAUCAAUCAAUGUCGGAUCAUCAACAGACAUCUCUCCCUACCUCUCUCUCUUACGAGAAGACUCAAUCUCGAACUCAAACAGAGCGGUGAUCUUCGACGUUAACUGGGAAACAGAGACCAAACCCUCAAAGUGGAGUCUCUCAUCCGUAAAGCUAAGCACUCGAAGCCUCUGUCUCUUCCUCAAACUCCCUAACCCAUUUCACGACAACCUCAAGGAUCUUUACCGUUUCUUUGCUUCAAAGUUUGUUACUUUCGUUGGAGUUCAGAUCGAGGAAGACUUGAACUUGCUUAGAGAGAAUCAUGGUGUUGUCAUAAGGAACGUGAUUGAGGUCGGGAAGCUAGCUGCGAAGACACGUGGGACUUUGCUGCUUGAGUAUCUUGGGACUAGAGAGUUGGCUCAUAGAGUGUUGUGGUCUGAUUUGAGUAGGCUUGACUCGAUUGAGUCUAAAUGGGAGGAGAGAGGGUUUGAAGAACGUCUUGAAGCUGCAGCUAUUGAAGGUUGGCUUAUCUUCAAUGUUUGGGAUCAGUUAUCUGAGUGAGUUUUAAUACUUUUGUUUGUGAUCUUGUGAGUGAUUCUAGUGUCUUGUGUAUGUUGUUUUGUUUGCUAUGAAUAUAUGCUUUUGAAGUUGCAAAAGUUACCUCUGAGUCUGACCAUAUAUAACCUAACAAUAGAGAUUAUACAAUAUAAUAGAAUGAAUAUCAC